GCACCUUCGAAGCUUCCCGCCGCGCCCCCAUUGCGAUCGCGACAAUCCUCUACCACACGCAGCCCGGAAGAUGCAAUGGAAACCCGAGAUACGACAUAGAGUUCUAUUGAUCAGCGUCGAGAAUGGCUGACCCAUCAUCUGCCUCCUCCUCCGGCCCGGGGGGGUUCCUCCGCCAGCACCCUCUCCCCUCGCCCGCGCCCAGCGGAUCCUCGAACCGCGCAGCCUCCGGCCUGCCGCACCCCAGGUCCCACCCCUUGCGCUCGGGGUCGGCCAAGGAGCAGACGAUCCGCGCAUAUGUCGACAACCAGCUCAUGCACAUACAAAGGCGCUUUGUCAAGAAGUCCGUGGACGCCAAGCCUGGCGACGACGUCGUGGGGUACAAGACGGUCGGGGAGCUCUGCAAGGAUGUCGAGGCCCUGCUCGACAUAUUGUGGCUCUCGGGCACGCCCGCGCUCCAGGUCCCCUACCUCCUGAACAUUGCCAACGAGUUCACCGAAUGGGUCACAAAGUUCCCGCCGCAGCCCGAACCCCUCUUCACAGUCCUGAGCAAGCUCGACUACUGCUUCGCCAGCCUCCUAUCCGGCCAGGACGUCGAUACAAAGGAGACGCUACCCGGUUUCGAGAACGGCACCCGCGGGGUCAUCACCAAGACAGACAUGGUCCGCUGCAAGAGCAUCGUAGAACAGACCCGCGUGGUGAUCGUGGACGUCAUGAGCAAGCAGCCCGGCGAGGACGUCCGCGACGAUGGUGAUGAGAGCGAGGCCGACGACGACGACGAUACCGAGAAGGAAAUCACAGAGGCUGAGACCACUGACGCGGAGGGUGACUACAGCGCCGCCGAGAGCACCGGGUUCGUGGACCCCAACUGGGAGGACCCUGACGACGAGCUGUACAUGGACGUGGCGAGGGUCUAUGAGAGAACGCUCGUCCAGCUGGGCGAGGUCAUGGACCAGGUCGCCCCCUUGCCAUGAUUGAGACAUACCGUCUUGGCCCAAUCACUUUCUCAGGGACGAAUCAAAUGAUGGUUAUAUGCCUGGCCUGUCUUCCGACUUCGAAGCCCGCGUCCUUGCUGGCCUCUACCGGUCUCACAAACACGCCGACCUUGACGGGUCUUCCCUGUUGCCAGCGUGGCCCAGAGGACAGGGCGUCCAUCCGCAGGACCCGUAAUGGCUACCCAGGCGGUAUCCGAGGUAGCCGAAGGAGCUCUGAUACACAGCGAUGGACACUCCGUGAGAAGGACCGCGCUGGCUUGGACUAUGCCUAUUCGGCUUCAAGUGACCUGCUUGGUGCGGAUGCCCCAUUAGCGGUCUAAGCAGAUGAAGUUUCGAUACUGAAAGGUUCUAAUCUGCAGGACUGGUUUGAUCUUUGUGCCUCUGCCCCCCAGGCAAAUCAUGGUGUCGCCAGAAUGACCUUGGUGUUGCGGAACGUGGUAGUCCCGAGGCCGGUCCCAAAGAGCCAGACUCCUGUUGUGGAAUGCCAGUCAUGGAAACGAACAAUAGGAAGUUGACACAAAUUUACUCACUUUAUAGAAAUAUCACAUUCUCCAGUGCCGAA